ACUGCUUCGUUUGAAACGCGAGUUGCAUCAAGAGGAAACGGGAACCCAACGACUUAUCCAGGCGGCCAACAUAACUUGAUCGCCAUUUCACAUUGGUUUAGCAUUUGAAAAGCUAACAUAAGUAUACUAUGCAGCUUUUCGUCAAAGGAGUUGACGGUGUAUCCCACUGCUUUCAUCCUGAGGCAUCUACCACUUUACAGUCGUUGAAGUGCCAGGUUGCUCAGCGUAUUGCGCUUGAAGAGGAUGACUUCACUCUAUGUACCGGUGUUCAAUUUUUAUACGAUACGGAGCUUCCACUCUCUGCUUUUGCACUCGAGCAAGAUCAAACUUUAUAUGUUAACCUAGAACUACUUGGUGGUGCCAAAAAACGCAAAAAGAAAACUUAUUCAAAACCAAAGAAAAUUAAACAUAAAAAAAGGAAAAACAAGUUAGCCGUUUUGAAAUACUAUAAGGUUGAUGCAAGUAACAAGGUUUCACGUUUACGACGUGAGUGCCCUAAUGAGUCGUGCGGUGCGGGUGUUUUCAUGGCCAAUCAUAAGGAUAGAGUUUAUUGUGGACGAUGCACUACAAUCUUUAUUGUCAAUACUCCUACAGAGGAAGCAGCUUAGAUAAUCUAGCCUUGUUUUUUUUUAGCAAGACGAUAAAUUACAAAAGUGUUGAAAGAAGACCGAAUUCUAAUAUCUUAUAGUUUUAGUUGCGUUUUUACGAGCAAAAGUUUUUUUAAGGUAAAUUUUAUUAAAGCAAAAUUUUCUUGGUUUUCGUGUAUUAACACUAGAAACCCAAAGUCUUUUGUUUUAAUUCCAAAAUAUUAGUAAAA